AUGGCCCGCAAGCGCCGCGCGCCUUCGCCGCCGCCGCCGCAGGAGGAGGAGUCCUCCUCCGAGGAAUCUGGCUCCGAAGAGUUGGAGGAGCCUCCUCGCCCCCCGGCGCACCGUAGGCCCCCGCAGGCCGCGGCCAACAACGCCGACUCGUCGGAGGCGGACUCGGAAUCCGACACCGACGUCCAAUCCUUCCAGAUGCGCCAGGUGCCCCACUCCCCCACCAAGCAUACGCACCCGGCCCCCCAGCCGGAAUCCGAUGCCGAGGAGGAGGAGGAGGAGGAGGAGGAGGAGGAGGAAGAGGAAGAGGGCGAGUCGGAGGAGUCGGAGCCGGAGAACCCGGUGCCUGUGGUUCAGAAGAAGGCCGGGGCGUCCAAGACAGAGCAGGAGAGGAAGAGGCCCGCCUCGGAUCCUGCUCCUACCGGGAAGGCAAAAAGGGCCAAGGCCGGGGAGGAGAAGGCUGUGGCGGGGGAUGAGGCUACCCCUCCUCCCAAGGCGAAGAAGGGCAAGGUCGAGCUAGAGAAGCCGGCGCCUGAGGCCACUCCAGUAGGAAAGACGAAGAAGGGCAAGGUCGAGCUAGAGAAACCAGUGCCUGAUGCCACUCCAGCAGGAAAGGCGAAGAAGGGCAAGGCUGAGAAGGCAGCUCCUGAGGCCACGCCCUCAGGCAAGUCUGAGAAGCCUGUGCGCUGGGGGAAAGAUGAUGAGACGAAGAUCUUGGAGGCUCUUGCGGCGCAUGUCAAGAGUGAGGGUGAGCUGCCAAAGACUGAUUUACUUCUUGCUAGUGUUCGUGACCGCCUCGUCAGGAAGAACUGCACCUACACGGAUAUCUAUGAGAAGGUGCGAAGGCUAAAGGAACGGUACGAGAAAGCAGUGAGCACGGGCAUUGUGCCAAGUACAGAAGAUGGACUCCAGAUGUAUAAUCUCUCAGAAGCAAUCUGGGGAGAGAAGGCAAGGGAGGCUGCUGCUGCCGUUACGUCUCAAAAGGGUGGUGCUGUUACAAAGGGUAAGAAGGGGCAGGCUAACAAAGAGAAGAUGGAUGGAAAUGCAAAGGGUGGCGCGGCAAAGGAGGCUGCCCCCAGUACUGCCAAUCAAAGUGGUGAUUCUCAGAAAGGAAGUAAGAAGGGGCAGGCCAGUUUGUCAGAGGAGGCUGCCACCACUGCCUCCCUAAGUAAGAGUAAGAAGCAGGAAAGUCACAAUGAGGAAUUGAACAAAGAUGCUGGUAAUUUGGCCAAGGGCAAGAAGGGGAAAACUGACAAAGGGAAGAUGGACAGAGAUACGGACAGUCUGACACCAAAGGAAACCAUAAAUGCAAAUCAGAAUGGUGGCAUUCUGGUUAGGAGUAAGGAAGGAGAAAUUCAUGAUGAUGAAACAGAAGGAGAUGCUAAUGUGCAAGGUGUGCGCAGAGGUUUUGAUGAGCUGCAGAAGUUGUAUUCCAACCUUGCUGUUUACGUGGAGGAGAUUGAGGCCCAUCAUCCAUGUGGGGAGACUCUGAAGAGAGCAUUUGGGUCCAUUGCUGAUGAGAAGGCAGAAGGUCUGGAAUCCAAGAUCAAGAAGCUAAGAGUAGCUGAGACGAAGGCGGAGGUCCGUCAAGGGGACAUAAAGAAGGAGGUUCUUAAUUUGUUGCUCAGCUUAGUGGACUAA